CCCCCCCAUGAGCGGCUGAAGCGGGGCCGGUGCCCCCCGCCCGUCCAUGGGCGCCUUGGAACCGGGUCCCGGAGCCCCCCGCCCCGCCGCCCCUAUGCUCAGCGGUGCCAAGGACCCCCCGGGACCCCGCGACGCCGUUUAUUACGGGGAAGGGGGGGCAACACCGGAAUCCGGACCCCCCCAUCUACCUUACGGAGCUCCCGGGGGCUUCGGGAACCGAUUCUUGGGACCCUGUCCCCCUUACCGGGCUCCGGCACCCCCCGCAGCCCCCGGGGAGGGGUUCGCCGAAGGAGGGGGGUUCGGGGGGGUCCCCGCGCCCCUCUGCCCCCGCGCCGGACCCCUCUGCGCCCUCCCCGGGUACCGCGCGGCCGGGAAGGUGCAGGUGAUGCUCAACAACUUCCCGCUGUGGGCCAAGUUCCACAAACAUCAGACGGAGAUGAUCAUCACCAAACAGGGCAGGCGCAUGUUCCCGUUCCUCAGCUUCAACCUCUCGGGGCUCAACCCCGUCGCCCACUACAGCGUCUGCGUAGACGUAGUGUUGGUGGACCAACACCACUGGCGCUACCAGGGCGGCAAAUGGGUGCAGUGCGGCAAAGCCGAGGGCAACAUGCCAGGGAACCGCCUCUACCUGCACCCCGACUCGCCCAACACCGGAGCGCACUGGAUGCGCCAGGAGGUCUCCUUCGGCAAACUCAAGCUCACCAAUAACAAAGGCGCAGCCAACAACGUUGGACAGAUGAUUGUGCUGCAGUCGCUGCACAAGUACCAACCCCGGCUGCACGUGACGGAGGUGAAGGAGGGCGAGGGCGACGAUGGGGACCCCUCGCCGCACACCCACACCUUCGCCUUCCCCGAGACCCAGUUCAUCGCCGUCACUGCCUACCAGAACGCCGACAUCACCCAGCUGAAGAUCGACCACAACCCGUUCGCCAAAGGUUUCCGGGACAACUUUGACUCGAUGUACGCAGCCUCGGAGAGCGACCGCUUCACCCCAUCUCCCCCGGACGGCGCGGGGUGCCAGCAGCUCCUGCCAGCCCCCCACUUCCAGCCCUUUCUACCCGAGCAGUACCCGCUGCCCCCCGGGCGCUUCUUUGGGGGGGAGCGGGGGGCUGCGCUGCCCCUGCCCCCCAAGGACCCCCCGCGAUGGUUCUUCCCCCCCCAGCAGCCGCCGGCCGCCGCGGGGACGCUGGAAUACGGCGGCUACGACACGGGGUACGGGGGGGGCAAGUUGGUGCCCUAUGGGGUGAAACCCUUCCCCUUGCCCCCUGCCCCACAUCCCCCCCUGCCCUACUACCCCGAGGGUCCAGGGGGGGCUUUUGGGGUGGGGGGGGGCUGGAGCCCCGGGCAGUUCAGCCCCAAGGGCAGCCCCGGGGCACUGGGCUGGUACCGGGACCCCCGGGAGGAGAAGGAGGGCUGGAACCCCGAGCCCCCCGCCUCGGGCGACUCCUCGGACUCGGGGCUCUAUGAGUGCAAGCGACGGCGGGUGUCCCCGUACCCCUCCAGCACCGAGGGGUCCCCCCCACCCCGCAAUGGGGACCUCUACGACAAAGACCCAGGCGCCGACAGCGGCUACUACGGCUUCUACAGCAACUGAGCCCGCUGGGGGGCUCGGACCCCCACCCCAGGCACCCCAAGGCUAUGGAAGUGGGGUGCAAGGGGUCAUUCCCACCCCCAGCUACGGUAACUGAGCUGAGCUGGGGGGCUCGGACCCCCACCCAGGUACCCUAAGAUCA